AACUUGCAAAACUGCCCUGACAAGUGCAGGAGAUAAACCAUACGAAUGUACUGGAGCUAGCUGCUGUAUGUCCUCUGUAGACAUCGCCUCAGAGGCAGGGUGAGAACAAAAAAACUGAGGACUUGGGAGGAGGAAAGGAAGGGAAAAAAUAGAAAAACCUGCACUUUCAAUGUUGCCUCAGAAGAAGGCUUGAAUUUCUGUGCUGAACUUCGGAGCUGUGGGCUCCUCACCAUCCAGCCAUGUCUUUGGAUGAGAGUAUUCUGAGAGACAUAGUGGAGAGAGAGACGGGUUGUUCUGAGGGGCAGGAUGAGGUGGUCAUGGGGCGCAUCGCCAGCUUACCUCUGGACCUCUUCCCAUCCAGGGACUUCCGAGGGAAAUUCAAAAAGAUGCGCCACAAGAAGAGACCCACAAUUCUUGAAACCUCUCCAGUGGGGUUAGGGUACAGCAAGCCCCCCAUUCCUCCAGUGUGCUGCACCCAGGCCCCUCCAGCCAUGAUGCCCAUCAGCAUCGACCCAGAGAGCCGACCGGGGGAGUACGUCCUCAAGAGCCUUUUCGCCAACUUCACCACGCAAUCGGAGCGCAAAAUACGCAUCAUCAUGGCUGAGCCUUUGGAAAAGCCAUUAACAAAAUCCCUACAAAGAGGAGAGGACCCGCAGUUUGACCAAUUGAUCAGUGCUAUGAGUUCCCUGGCUGAGUACUGUCUCCCCUCCAUCCUGCGAACUCUGUUUGAUUGGUACAAGAGACAGACUGGGCUGGAGGAAGAGUCACAUGAGUACAGGCCGAGGGCCAACACUAAAUCCAAAAAUGACGAGCAGCAGAAAGAUUAUCUUCUUGAAAGGAGGGAUUUGGCCAUUGACUUUAUUUUUUCUCUUGUACUUAUAGAAGUUUUAAAACAGAUGCCACUCCACCCUGUCCUGGACAGUUUGGUCAAUGAAGUCAUCAACUUAGCCUUUAAGCACUUUAGAUACAAAGAGGGGUACCAUGGUCCUAACACUGGCAACAUGCAUAUGGUAGCAGACCUCUAUGCAGAAGUCAUAGGUGUACUAGCUCAGGCCAAGUUUCCUGCUGUCAGGAAGAAGUUUAUGACGGAGCUGAAGGAGCUGCGUCAGAAGGAGCAGAUCCCCUACGUGGUCCAGUCCACCAUCAGCCUCAUCAUGGGGCUCAAGUUCUUCCGCAUCAAGAUGUAUCCUGUGGAGGAUUUUGAAGCCUCAUUUCUGUUCAUGCAGGAAUGUGCCCAGUAUUUCCUGGAAGUGAAGGACAGGGACAUCAAGCAUGCCUUGGCCGGUCUCUUUGUGGAAAUUCUAGUUCCCGUCGCUGCAGCUGUGAAGAAUGAGGUGAACGUCCCGUGCCUGCGUAACUUUGUGGAGAGCUUGUAUGACACAACCCUGGACCUGUCCUCCAGAAAGAAGCACUCGUUAGCUCUGUACCCUCUGGUGACAUGUCUACUGUGUGUGAGCCAGAAGCAGUUUUUCCUCAACAGAUGGCAUGUGUUUCUCAACACCUGUCUCUCCAGCCUCAAGAGCAAAGACCCUAAAAUGGCACGUGUGGCCCUGGAGUCCCUGUACCGUCUGCUGUGGGUCUACAUGAUCCGGAUCAAGUGUGAGAGCAACACUGCAACACAGGGCCGCCUCACCACCAUUGUCACAACCCUGUUCCCCAAGGGAUCCCGCAGUGUGGUGCCCAGAGACAUGCCCCUCAAUAUAUUUGUCAAAAUUAUCCAGUUUAUUGCACAGGAACGACUGGAUUUCGCUAUGAAAGAGAUCAUCUUUGACCUACUUUGUGUUGGAAAACCAGCAAAAGCCUUUAGUCUUAAUCCAGAGAGAAUGAAUAUAGGCCUGCGAGCCUUCCUGGUGAUAGCAGACAAGUUGCAGCAGAAGGACGGAGAGCCUCCUAUGCCGAACACUGGCGCCAUAUUGCCCUCUGGGAACACUCUCAGGGUGAAGAAGACCUUCCUGUGCAAAACCCUCACCGACAAUGAGGCCAAGGUCAUAGGUAUGUCCCUGUAUUACUCCCAAGUGAGGAAAGCUAUAGAUAACAUCCUGAGACACCUGGAUAAGGAGGUGGGGCGCUGCAUGAUGAUGACCAAUGUUCAGAUGCUGAACAAAGAGCCUGAGGAUAUGAUCACAGGUGAGAGGAAGCCGAAGAUCGACCUGUUCAGGACGUGCCUGGCUGCCAUCCCGAGGGUCCUGCCGGACGGCAUGUCCAAGCCAGAGCUCAUAGACCUCCUCUCGCGGCUAACCAUCCAUAUGGAUGAUGAACUUCGACUCAUCGCCCAGAACUCCCUUCAGAGCCUGUUGGUGGACUUCUCUGACUGGCGUGACGACGUCCUGUUUGGUUACACCAACUUCUUGUUGAGAGAGGUCCAAGACACUCACCAGGGCAUGCUAGACACCUCCCUCAAGCUGCUGCUACAGCUGCUCACCCAGUGGAAACUGGCGCUGGUCACGCCUGGCAGGAGCUACGACAUGGCCAAGAUACACUCCCCCGAGCUGCUGCAGACAGCCUCCAGUCACAGAGGGCCUGCGGAACGUAGCCCUCACUCCACCGUUCUCCACGCUGUGGAGGGGCUGGCCGUGGUGCUGCUGUGCUCCUGCCAGCUCAGCACUCGCAGACUGGCCGUCUGUAUCCUCAAGGAGAUCCGCAGCCUCUUCCUGGCCAUCGGACAAGCUGAGGAUGAUGACACGCCCAUGAUUGAGAUUUUGGACCAGCUCAGCCCUGUGGUUCUGGAGAGUUUUGUCAAUGUGGCAGUAUCUGACACGGCUGCACUGCCACUGGGUCACCACGUGGAUCUGCAGUGGUUGGUGGAGUGGAACGCCAGGCUGGUCAACAGCCACUAUGACAUCCGCAGCCCCUCCCACGUGUGGAUCUUUGCCCAGUCAGUGAAGGACCCGUGGGUGCUGUGUCUCUACAGCCUGCUCCGCCAGGACAACCUGCCCAAGCACUGUCCCACGGCCCUGAGCUACGCCUGGCCCUACGCCUUCACACGCCUGCAGCUCAUUAUGCCCCUGGUAGACCCCAAUAACCCAGUGUAUGCUAAGAAGACCAGCACCUCAGGUGGUGGGGAGAACUACGUCACCCUGUGGAGGAACUACCUGAUCCUGUGUCUGGGUGUUGCCAAGCCCAGCAUCAUGAGUCCUGGUCACCUGAGAACAUCCACACCUGAGAUCACCGCCACCACGACCGAUGGCAACGUCACCUACGACAACAAGGUGAUUGGAACGCCGUCGGUGGCCUGGCUCCUGAAGCAGCUGGUCCCCCUGAUGAGAGCAGAGAGCAUUGAGCUGACCGAGUCACUGGUGCUGGGCUUUGGUCGUACCAACGCCCUGGUCUUCAGGGAACUGGUUGAGGAGCUGCAUCCGUUAAUGAAGGAGGCUCUGGAACGAAGGCCAGAGAACAAGAAGCGUCGCGAGCGAAGAGAUCUCCUCAGACUGCAGCUGCUCAGGAUCUUUGAGCUGCUGGCAGACGCUGCGGUCAUCAGUGACAGCACAAACGGAGCCCUGGAGAGAGACACCCUAGCUCUAGGUGCUCUGUUUCUAGAGUAUGUGGACCUGACCCGGAUGUUGCUGGAAGCAGAGAAUGACAAGGACCUGGAGAUACUGAAGGACAUCCGAGCCCACUUCAGCGCCAUGGUGGCCAACCUCAUACAGUGUGUCCCAGUGCACCACAGACGCUUCCUGUUCCCUCAGCAGAGCUUACGACAUCACCUCUUCAUCCUCUUCAGCCAAUGGGCAGGCCCCUUCAGUGUCAUGUUUACCCCAUUGGACCGCUACAGCGACAGAAACCACCAGAUCACCAGAUACCAGUACUGUGCUCUCAAGGCCAUGUCUGCCGUGCUGUGCUGUGGACCAGUGUUCGACAACGUUGGCCUGUCUCCAGAUGGAUACCUCUAUAAGUGGCUGGAUAACAUAUUAGCUUGCCAGGAUCUGCGGGUGCACCAGCUGGGCUGUGAGGUAGUCAUUCUGCUCCUGGAGCUCAACUCUGACCAGGUGAACCUGUUCAACUGGGCGGUGGACCGCUGCUUCAUUGGCUCCUACCAGCUAGCCUCAGGCUGCUUCAAGGCUAUAGCUACAGUCUGUGGCAGCAGAAACUACCCCUGUGACAUAGUGACACUGUUAAACCUGGUACUCUUCAAGGCGUCUGAUACCAACAGAGAAAUAUAUGAAAUAUCAAUGCAGCUCAUGCAGAUCUUAGAGGCUAAGCUGUUUGUGUACUCUAAGAGGAUUGCAGAUCAGAAGUCCAGUAGUAUCCUGUAUGGCACCCACGGUCCCCUGCCCCCCCUCUACAGGGUCUCCCUGCCACAGCUCUCCAGCCAGCUGGCCAGGAUGUACCCUGAACUAACAUUGCCACUCUUCUCAGAGGUGAGUCAGAGGUUUCCCUCCACCCAUCCCAAUGGGAGACAGGUGAUGCUCACAUACCUCCUGCCCUGGCUCAGUAACAUUGAGCUGGUGGACAGCAUGCUGCCUCCCCUCCCCAGCCCUGGCCCCCCAGUGGAGGAGCCUGCUGCCCAGGACAAAAAUGUGGGACCAUCCCACCAGCUCAGGGGCACAGGCUGGGGCUCCAUGCAGGCCACAUCCCUGGUCCUCAACAACCUUAUGUUCAUGACAGCAAAGUAUGGGGACGACGUUCCGGGCCCAGAGAUGGAGAACGCGUGGAACGCUCUGGUCAACGAUAGGUGGAGCAACAACUUGAGAAUCACCUUGCAGUACCUCAUCAGCUUGUGUGGAGUGAGCAGUGACACCAGCCUACUACCCUACAUUAAGAAGGUGGUGAUCUACCUGUGUCGGAACAACACUACCCAGACGAUGGAGGAGCUGCUGUUUGAGUUGCAGCAGACAGACCCGGUCAACCCAGUGGUUCAGCACUGUGACAACCCUCCAUUCUACCGCUACUCUGCCACCAGCAAGACUCCCACAGUGGCCUCAGGCACAACAUCUAGUAGCAACACAGUAGUGGCAGGCCAGGAGAGUUGUCCGGAUACGGACGAUACGAAGGUGGCCAAAGAGAAUGAAGAGAGGCAGAGCAACAUGAUGGGGAACCACAGUCGUCUGGAGUCUCGCUACAGCAACAGCUCGGGAGGAUCCUACGACGAGGAGAAGAGUGAACCCUUGCCCCCUUACGCCGGCUGGCUGAUGAGUGUUGUGGAGAGUAACCAGCCCUGUCCCCUUCCAAUGCCUGUGAACGGAGGGUGCUGGGCUCCUCUGGUCGACUUCCUGCCUGAGACCAUCACUCCCAGAGGACCCUUGCAUAGGUGUAACAUAGCGGUGAUCUUCAUGACUGAGAUGGUUGUGGACCAUGGUGUACGAGAGGACUGGGCCCUUCACCUGCCCCUUCUACUGCAUGCUCUCUUCCUCGGUAUGGAUCACUACCGCCCAGAGGUGUACGAACACAGCAAGCGUCUCCUGCUGCACCUGCUCAUCACGCUCUCCUGCAACAGCAACUUCCAAGGCAUCGCCUCCGUUCUCCUGCACACUCGAGAGAUCAACGGCAACAAGACCCUCACCAGCAAAAUUAACUUUCAGCCAGAAUACUGUACCACAGGAGGAGGUGUUGACUUCCUGCGGGAGUGCCAAGCGUCUCCUGUGCCAGACUCUGGGCUGAGCUCCUCCUCCACCUCCUCCAGCCUGAGCCUUGGGGGCAGCAGCAGCAACCUGCCCCACAUCUCCCAGGACGUGGAAGAUCUGGACUCCACCACGGAGACGGACCAGAAAACCAACAAGCUCAUAGAGUUCCUCACCACCAGGGGCUAUGGACCACUCUGGUCUCAUGAAGACAUCUCACCCAAGAACCAGAACUCCAAAAGCACUGAGCAGUUGUCCAAUUUCCUGCGCCAUGUGGUGUCUGUGUUGAGAGAACCCAAGUCAGACUUCUACCUGGAGCAGCAGCUGAGUGACGUGGCGCUGCAGACGGCCCUGUGCAGCUCCUCCAGGCACUAUGCCGGCCGCUCCUUCCAGGUGUUCAGGGCCUUGCACCAGCCCCUCUCCGCCCGCGCCGUGUCAGACCUGCUCUCGCGACUGGUGGAGGUGGUGGGGGAGCACGGGGACGAAGUUCAGGGUUAUGUCAUGGAGGUUUUACUCACACUGGAGUCUGUGGUAGACAACUUGGCUGAGUGUCUGAAGAAUAAUGACCUCAUGGCUCUUCUAAUCAGGGCUUCCUCUCCAGACUUACUGACCAAUGGGAAGCAGGUGUCAAACAGGAAGAGCACAGGGCAGCUCCCAUUGGUCCAGGGCCUCAGCUCCACUGAGCGCAGCCGGCACCAGAGGAGCUUCUCUGUACCCAAGAAGUUUGGGGAGUCCGACAGGUCAUGUGACCCGCCUCGCAGCGCCACCCUAGAGCGCUUCCAUGCUUGUCUGCAGCAAGGGGGUGUUGCCAAACCCACCAGCCCCUCCUCCUCCAAGGACAACAUCACCGACCCUGCCAACGUCAACCACCCCAGCAACCUGCUGGCCACCAUCUUCUGGGUGGCUGUGUCCUUGAUGGAGUCAGACUUUGAGUUUGAGUACCAGAUGUCUCUGAAGCUUCUGAACAAGCUGCUGGGCCACAUGUCGUUGGACAAGCAGGAGAACCGAGACAAGCUGGAGAAACUACAGAGCCAGCUCAGGUGGAGCACCUUCACGGGCCUCCAGCAGCUGCUUCUCAAGGGCUUCACCUCCUUGUCCACCACUGACCUAACCCUGCUGCUCUUCAGCCAGCUUACACCCGUGUCCAGGGUGCCUGUGGUGGACACCUCCCAGGCCAUAGGGUUCCCCUUGAAUGUUCUCUGCCUACUCCCACAUCUGGUGCAGAACUUUGAUGGCCCCACUCAGUUCUGUAAAGACGUUGCUGAGAGGAUAGCCCAGGUAUGCCUUGAGGAGAAGAAUGCUAAACUGUCCAACCUGGCCCAUGUGAUGACCUUGUACAAAACACACUCCUACACACGAGACUGUUUCUCCUGGGUCAAUGUUGUGUGUCGUUAUCUUCAUGAGGCCUUCAGCGAUAUCACUCUCAACAUGGUCACUUAUAUGGCUGAGUUGUUGGAGAAGGGCUUUCCUAGCAUGCAACAGACCCUGCUGCAGAUCAUUUACAGCCUGCUGAGUCACAUGGACCUGAGUGUCAUUCAGGCAAAGCCUUUCAAUAUGGAGGUCCUCAAGACCAUUGAGAAGUUUGUGCAGACGGCCCACUGGAGGGAAGCUCUGAACAUCCUGAAGCUAGUGGUGUCUCGCUCUGCCAGCCUGGUCCAGCCAUCUCCUCCCCAGACUGACUUCUCCUACGUGGACGUCAGCCGGCUGUGGGACCGCUCUUCCAAGGCCCUGCCUGGAAAAACACUGGACUUCCAUUUCGACAUCUCAGAGACCCCAGUGAUUGGCCGGAGGUAUGAUGAUCUUCAAGACUCCCCAGGGCGGAAUGGGAAGACGAGGGCCGCAGCCGUGACUCGUAGCACCUCGUCCACCUCCUCAGGAUCAACCUCCAACAAUGUCCUGGUGCCCGUCAGCUGGAAGAGGCCUCAGUCCUCUCAGAAGAGAACCAGGGAGAAGCUGGUGAAGGUGUUGUCUUUGUGUGGACAGGAAGUAGGGCUCAGGAAAAACCCUUCGGUGAUCUUCUCCAGCUGUGGGGAUCUGGACUUGAUGGAGCUCCAGCCCAGCCUUGUUUCCUCCGAUGAGGGCACCAGGGAGCCUGACAACAUGGACGACACAACCUCUGAACAGCAGUUCAGGGUCUUCAGAGACUUUGAUUUCCUGGAUGUGGAGCUGGAGGAUGGAGAGGGGGAGACCGGUGAUAACUUUAACUGGGGGGUGCGGAGACGCUCCAUGGACAGUCUGGACAGGAGAGACCUACAGCUGCUGGAAGAGAGCCAGUUGUCAGGCAGCCUGCCUAGCCUCAGCAACAUCACCCACCAAGACUCUGACGAGUCCUCCGAGGAAGACUCCCUCACUGCCAGCCAGAUCCUCUCACAUUCACAAAUUAUUGUCAACCUUUCUCCCACCGAGGAGCUCAUUAACAUGGACUCUCUGUCCCCCUCCUGCGACUCUGCUGAGCCUCAGCCUCUGAACACCAGAGAGCCUAGUUUCGAUGUCUCACUGCCCGAGGACUCGAAGCCACGGCUGUCGACAGAAGAGGAGGACAGUAAUGCCCAGGAGGACAAUCUCUCUCUCUCUAUCUCCGAACUUCCCUCUGGGUUUAACUGCAGUGACAGUUUCUCGCUGGACAUGACUCAGGAUGAUUUCAAAGGAGAACUGGACCUUGAGGCCAACUGUCUGCCCAGUCUGAGCGAGGAGGAGAGAGAGGAGUCUCUGGAGUGUCGUUCGUCCCCUCCUCCAUCCCCCUUCUUCUCUGCCAUCCUCGCCGCCUUCCAGCCAGCCAUGUGUGAUGACGCGGAGGAGGCUUGGCGCCGCCACAUCAACCAGCUGGUGUCUGACUCUGAUGGCUCCUGUGCAGUCUACACCUUCCAUGUGUUCUCCUCACUGUUCCAGAAUAUUCAGAGGAAGUUCUGCUUAUUGACAUGCGACGCUGCUGGCUACCUUGGUGACGGGCUUCGAGGAAUAGGGUCAAAGUUUUUGAGGUCCUCUCAGAUGCUGACCUCAUGCUCCGAGUGUCCAACACUGUUUAUCGACGCAGACACAAUAAUCUCUUACGGGCUUCUGGAAAAAAUGAAAUUCAGUGUGUUGGAGCUUCAAGAGUACCUUGACACUUACAACAACAGAAAGGAUGCAGCCAUAUCUUGGCUGACUAGCUGCAAGACCUCCUUUCCCAGGACCUCUGAUGGAGCAGUUGUCUCAUGCCAGCCUGGGGAAUAUGACGACAAGCAAAUGGAAUCUCUGGCACAACUGGAGCUUUGUCAACGACUCUACAAGCUCCACUUUCAACUGCUGCUGCUAUUUCAGUCCUACUGUAAACUGAUUGGCCAGGUCCAUGCAAUCAGCUCUGCUCCUGAGCUAUCGAACAUGUCCAAAGAGCUGGAUGAGCUGAAGGGCAACCUGCGAACAGCAGCAGCCUCAGUGACAAGUACUGACCCUGGAGCUUUAGAGAGCAGUUCUGACCUUGCAGCCCUAGAGAGCAGUUCUGACCUUGCAGCCCUCGAGAGCAGUUCUGACCUUGCAGCCCUAGAGAGCAGUACUGUUUUGGAGACCUCCCAUUUUGAGCCCAGCUUCAGCUGCCCUGAGGUGGCCGUGCAGGCCAUCCUGGAGGCUCUGAGGAACAGCGAGUUCCUCACAGCUGUGCGCACCAUCCGAGAGUGCAGGAGUUUGUGGCCGAACGACAUCUUUGGCAGCCGUUCUGAGGAUGAAAGCCAGACCUUACUGAAUGUUUACUUCAGGCAUCAAACACUGGGUCAGACAGGAACCUUUGCUCUGGUGGGUUCAAAGCAGGAUCUCUCAGAGAUCUGUUUAAGGCUUAUGGAGCUGAAUGGAGAGAUCCGGGACAUGAUCCGCAGAGCCCAGGGCUACCGAGCCAUCACAACCUUUCUCCCAGACUCCAGGGUGUCCGGCUCCAGUCUUUGACACCUGACUUCAGACCUUGCUCAGUGCCCUGUCCCAUACCCAGCCUCCACACCUGCCUAGGAUUGCUGCUGUCUUCACAUUGGUCAUUAAAAGCUUCACUUACUCAUGGAACAGACCACACAAUGCCCCUACCAGUAAAUAACCUCCCUGAAUAUCACACAUUCAGAUGUGCAGCAAUACUGUGGGAGUGUGCUUUAUGUGGGCCCCUGGAACCUUGGUUUUUAUUGCACUAAUCCUUUUGGGUAACUUCCCAAAGCGGCCCCUUGCUACUGAGGUCAGCAACUUUCACAUAUAACAAAAGACAUACCAAAGUUAUUAACUUAUUCUUCCUUAUACAGUAUAUCUUUUUUGAAUUGUUAAGGGAAAAUGUGCAAUGCUUCACAGAAGUGAAAUACUUUUACUGUAUCAUGAGAGAAUGUUUUUUUUUUCAAUUUCAGUGCUAUUAGCUACUUGAAAUUUUGGAUUACAGGUAAAAUGACGCUGAUAUUUUGUUAUGUUGUGAGGUAAUGCAUGUGUGUGUGCGUGCGUGUGUGAAUUUAACUGUAAUCAGACUACCAUCCCUAACACUGCUCAGCAUAAUGUAUACAUAUUGAACACGCUCAUCAACUUUGACAUGCUGCAAAUCUACUGUCUCAAAAAACUAGAUGCCGCUAUGGGUUAUCUGUUAUCUUUCUACUGUGUAGCUAUAUUUGCAUAAAAGAUAAUUAUUUAUAUGAAAGAAAUAUGCUUGUAAUCCAUUUGUUUUAUAGACUGAAAACAAAUGUUAUUAUUCUGUCGGUAAAACUGCCAGGCAUGCAAAUGAUGUGUACUUUAAAGUGUAAUAGAUAUUUAUGAAUAUAAGAUAGUAUUUUAACUGAGAGUUACAUUUGUAAAUAAAUUGGAGCUUUUCUCAUGCUUUUAAGAUUUUAUUUUUAUGUUAUUUACAGUAGAGGACAAUAUAACUGUAUGCAUGUAACCACCUGAAGGAUAUGCAUAUUUGUACAUUUCUUUAGGGGUUGUUCCUGUAGCUAUCAGCUUGUAAAUACUAUCGCCUUUGCCAUUGUACUGUACUUUGGUGUUCUGUACACAUCUGUAACAAUAAAGGAAAAAUAAUAUCAACAA